UCACCAGUGGAGGCUGGGAGGAGGGAUAUUUGCAGGCUGUCCGUGUUCCUCCGCUGACCCUGGAGCAGCUAAUCUGUGGGAAUUAAACUGGGGAUGACUGAUGAUCACAAGGAAAUUCCCCGCUGCUGGCAGUGAUGGAGAACGAGACGUGGCCGCACCCCUCAUAUGUCCCCCAUUAUCUCCUCCGUGGUGACCCGUUUGCCUCGAGACUCUCCAAAGAGGCGGACAUCGUUGCAGCUUUUUACAUCUGUAUCAUAGGAAUCAUGUCUGCAACGGGGAAUGGCUAUGUCAUUUAUAUGACCUUCAAACGCAAGACCAAGUUGAAGCCUCCCGAGCUCAUGACUAUUAACCUCGCCAUCUUCGACUUGGGCAUAUCAGUGACAGGAAAGCCCUUUUUCGUUGUAUCUAGUUUCUCCCACCGCUGGUUGUUUGGCUGGGAGGGUUGUCGGUUCUACGGCUGGACGGGCUUCUUUUUUGGCUGUGGGAGCCUCAUCACGAUGACUGUGGUCAGUCUGGACCGGUACCUCAAGAUCUGCCACCUCAGAUACGGUACAUGGAUAAAACGCCACCACGCCUUCCUGUGCCUGGCCUUUGUGUGGAUGUAUGCAGCUUUCUGGGCCACCAUGCCCCUGAUCGGUUGGGGGAACUAUGCCCCGGAGCCCUUCGGGACCUCCUGCACGUUGGACUGGUGGCUGGCCCAGGCCUCCGUGUCCGGCCAGAGCUUUGUGAUGGCCAUCCUGUUCUUCUGUCUCAUCCUUCCCACAGGCAUCAUUGUCUUCUCCUACGUCAUGAUCAUCUUCAAGGUCAAGUCUUCUGCGAAGGAGAUAUCCCACUUUGACGCCCGCAUCAGAAACAGCCACAGCCUCGAGAUGAAACUCACUAAGGUGGCUAUGCUGAUCUGCGCAGGCUUCUUGAUAGCCUGGAUCCCUUAUGCAGUGGUGUCAGUGGUGUCAGCGUUUGGGGAGCCAGACUCGAUUCCCAUCUCUGUGUCUGUAAUUCCCACGCUGCUGGCUAAGUCCUCAGCCAUGUACAACCCCAUCAUCUACCAGGUUGUGGACCUGAAAAAUUCCUGCAUGAAAUCCUCCUGUUUUAAGGCUGUGAAGGAACGCAGGCAUUUUAGGAAGUCAAGGUUCUACACCAUCUCUGGCUCUUUAAGGGACAAUUCACCAGCCAAAGAGGCUCAUAUUGAGGUGUGAGAUGAGACACUUUAGACUGUGCACCCCCCUUCUGGACAGUUCGCCUUGUUCCCUGCCCCCUGUGCCCUACACUUACCCAAUCACACGCUGCCUGUCACCUGCUACGACGUCAUCGACCACUCACGUCUGCUCGUCUUCGCACCACGCAGAGUAUCUGUUUGCUUCCCACAAGCCCCCCUCCCCCCCUUCCUUGGAAACAUAUCUUUUCCUACGAGGUUUUCCUUACUCUGUGGAGUUGACGUUGUCUUGACUGUGGUUACAACAUACAAGUGGUGUUUUGUGUGAGCUUCUUGACUUUUUCAGUAUAACAGACGCACAUCUGUCAAUGCUAUGAAAAAAAACCAGCACACGUGCUACUGAUUAACUAACUAGUGUUGUUCUCGUAAAACAGCUCAUCUCAGGUUGACAUCUGGGGCUAUAACCUUGUGUGAAUCCAAAUCUUGCAAAACUGCGAAAUUGCUACAAAAUUUUCAAAUAUUGAAUUUAUUUUCAACGUUUCUAAACCUGAACUGCAAAAUGAAAGAAAAAGAAAACUCAACCUGACGUGAGCCAUGUAAAAUCAGGUUUGGGUGUAACCGUCAAGCUCAAAGUUGUAUUUUAACUGUUGUCUUUUGUACUCCUGCACCUGUGGCUUGUAUACAGCAAAUCUAUAUUUCAGAAGGCAAUGAAUACUUCAGCUUAUGUUCUAAUCAGCCAUACAACUGCACACAUGGAGACAUUACUUGACUUUAAUCAGUGACUUAAAACAUUGCAUUUACAGGGUAUUGACAUUCUGCAGUACUAUUCUAAAACAUAUUUGUUCCUUGGCAGCUCAAGGUUAAACCCAUCACAAGAAAA